AUUUGUCUGCAGAUUUUUAAUACGGUUCCAUCUAUUGCAGAAUCUAAAAAUGUACCAAGUCAAAAAAUGGUCAUGUUCUUUACUAAAAUAAUCUUGGAAGCGCAGAACCGGCCGCGAUUGAAGUUUCUCAACGAAUAAUAACUUGCCGGUAGUCGGUACAAAAACGAAUGUUUUCCUUCUCACCGCAUCGAUAAAAAAGGAAACCUAGACAGUAACUUUUCACAACGGCAACGGACGCUGGUAAGCGAGUCUUUUUACGCUUUUCGCGGUCUCGUUUGUAGACUGUAAGCUCUUCCGGUAAGGUGUUAAAUCGGUACUUUACUAACACACGACAAAAACUGAAUUAUUUGAAAUGUUUUGUUUCACGGUAAACUAACGGAGAAAACUGUUUUGUAUUCAAGGGUUCCAUUCCAGUCUAAUGCGGCAUAGCACCGAUUGAGUCGAGGAUCUAUAUAAGUUCGGAAUUUGGAAAGUUUUGAAUUUUUACGACCGUUAUUCAAAUCGUCAGAUUCCCUAACGGGUAUUUUUACAAAAUUUAUACCGAUAGUAGUAAGAAGAAACACUCCAAUCGCCGUAAGUUUGCUAGAUAAGGUAAGGCGCUGAGCCGAGCUUACAAUGAAAGCCGGUAAGGUGGCCUGGGAGUCCCGAUAAUGAGCCGAAACCCGUUUCGGGCUCGUUAUCAUAAAAUUGCCGGUGUAAGUGGGUGAGAAGCGUCAAAAAGACGUGCCACAUCGACGCUCCGAGGGCAGAGUUUUCGCCACGCAAGAGGCCCGCGCUGCGCUUCCACCAAAUCGCCGAACUCAGCUUCUUCCUCGGUGAUCGUUAGUCAGAGGAUACGACGACAGAUUCGCUAACCCGUGGCAUUACCUUCGCUCGUGUGAUAGAAGCUCCAUCGGCGUUAUAAGUGGCUGUGCGGAUCGGCCGCGUGGCCGCCUCCUAAGGCUCUCCGGGCUUCGGGUUACGUCUGGCCCUCGCCACUGCAGAGCUGCGCGUCUUGCACAUCGGGUGACGCGUCCGAAUUUCGAGAUUCCCAAGUGUCGAUUUCGAUCUUAUUUCUCGGGACCGUUUGUCCGCAGCGUUAAACACAGCGUUGAUAAUAAUUGCUGUAAUUCUUCGACAAUUUUUUAAGGGAAUUUUCACGUUUCUGCAAUUUAGUUUUAGGAAUUAACGUUUGAAUUUCAAAUCCGGGCAACCGACGCUCUGCACUAUGGGUAGAAGUUUAUUGAUCUAACCGAAGGGAAACGACGUUUCGGGAUGGUCGAAAUGAAUUUGAAAAUUACCGAACACCCGUUGUAUGGCGAUCAACGCACACGCGCGCGCCUUCGCCUGUAAACCCUCCUCUUAUUACGGGUGUGCGGUGCAACAUAGGUAGCUAAGUGUAAACCAUCAUUAUUAUUAGCUAGACACGUUACGGGGUCUCGGAUUCAGACCCAUGAAAAAGCAAAAAGAAACUGAGGAAGAAAAAGAAGAAGACGCCCAACAAACUUGAGUGGAAUUGCAUUUUUGCUCGAAGUCAUCCAUGCUACUCCAGCUGCGGUUGCAUCGACUAUACAUGUAUACGUGGUACAUCCAGGACAAAUCUGACAACGAAAAUUGCACUGCAACCUGUACUUACAUAAUGCAAAAAACACAUCGUUGGCAGUAAUUUGUGCGCCAGAAUCUUAUAAUUCUUCCAUGUCAACAUUCAGAUGCUGAAAUUAACACAGUGUUCAAUUCACAAGCUUCCGAUCAUCUCGACCCAAAUGAACUUCGGCCUCCAUUAUCCUGCUGCGAAUUCUCGAUGGCUGCGAUCGAGUUUUUCGAAAGUAGUAGCGGUGGCCCAAAAAAAGCAAUUAUUUAAAGAAGAGCAAUACGAAAUUCUAAUCGUCCCUGAAAUCGCAAAUUCAAACUCGAUGAAUAUUCAAAAAGAUGGGAUUGAAUUAAGCAAUCGGUCAACUCCUCAGGUUUCGCUGAAAUUCCUGAAAACCGCUUUCGUUUUCGAACCAGUCAACGCAUGUCACCUAGUAAAAAACGACCGAUGCAGGAGGUGCAAGGAGAAACUCAACACCCUGGCGAUAUCCGUAAUGAACCAGUGGCCUGGGGUAAAGUUGAGAGUUACGGAGGGCUGGGACGAGGAGGGAAAACACGCGACGGACUCCCUUCACUACGAGGGAAGAGCUGUGGAUGUGACAACCAGUGACAGAGAUCGUUCCAAGUACGGGAUGCUUGCACGCCUUGCGGUCGAGGCUGGCUUCGACUGGGUCUACUACGAGUCUCGAUCACACAUUCACUGUUCUGUAAAGUCUGAAUCUUCGUUAGCCGGCAAAUCCGGGGGAUGUUUCCCAGGCAGGAGCAUCGUCAGGACGGAGGACGGGUUCAACAAAAGUCUGGAUCAGCUCGAAAUCGGGGAACGAAUAGCCGCCCUCGAUUCCGCGGGUAAGAUCGUCUACAGCGAGGUGAUCGCCUUCCUCGAUCGGUCUCCGGAGGAGAGGCGACAGUUCGUGCGGAUCACGACUACCUCCGGUCGUGCCCUGACCCUGACGCCGUCUCACCUGGUCCCCGUGUCCCUGGAGUCCGGCAGCACAACGGAAUUCGCCGCGAAGGUUCGCGUCGGCGACCAGAUUCUGGUCCGCGAGAGUGAUCGAGGGGUCGAAACGCUCAGGUGGGACAGGGUGGCGAGCACGCGGCUCGUUAUCGAGAAGGGGAUUUUCGCCCCGCUGACAACCGAGGGCACGGUCCUCGUCGACGACGUGGUGGCGUCCUGCUACGCCGUCGUCGACAGCCAAUUCGUCGCCCACUCCGCCUUCCUGCCGAUGAGGAUCUGGACGAACAUUAAAUCGGGAGUCGCCAGGAUCGCGCGAAUAUUCGUCGCCCCGCUCUCGGCCUGGAGCGAAUUCCGGCCGGGAAUUGGCGAGGAUCACGAAGUCAAGUAUCCCGAAAACACACCGUCGAUCAACGCGAUGAGAUUUCAACCGAGAGGCAUUCACUGGUACGCUUCGAUGCUGUACACAGUUUCGUUCUACGUACUUCCCACGGAUAUGCUGUACUAAUUUAUUUCAACGAUUUUUGAAAAAUUUCUAACGCGAAAACGGUUCGUCGAGAUCCCCCCUCCCCUAUCUCCUGCCCCCUUUUGUACGUACUUCCGACGUUGACACACUCGACCGCCCAAUAUAGGAUCUGCACUCUCUGACCCCGUUUGCAGAUCCCCAGUUACCCUGUGUGAUGUGCAAAUCUGACGAACCAUGUUUACCCCCAUCGAUUUAAAUGGGUUCGAAAUCCCCGGUUGCCAAUCCGUUCAAUUGCAGUGAUAUCUGAGUGACUAUCCGUUCAGUUUAGCGUCGUAGAUUCGCAUACAGAAAGAAAAUAACUAGACCAGUUGUCUUGACGAUUGUCCUUGGCACUUGUACGGAUCGCAUCGCAAUCAAUUGGCAAUUGUUGGGCUGCGGUGCACCUUGAGUAACGUUCGUCAAAACGAGACUCAAGGUUGAGCUGAAAAGACCGUAAGCGAAAAGUGACGGUGUAUAUUCUAUAAUAUAUCGUAUCGUAACUACCUAUACAAUAUGUAUACGUAUCGUAUCGACAUUAUAAUGUACUUUACCAUUUUAUCUGUCGUACAUGCAUAUUGUUAUUAUUAUUAUUAUUAUUAUUAUUAUUAUU